AUGUGUCCUCGAUUAGAUGAAGUUUCACGCGAACACUCUGAACUUAAACCUCUCCGUUCACAUGUUAGCCUAAUAACAUGUGUUACACUAUCAAUUUGUUCGGCUGCAUAUAUGUCCAAACUUGUAGAUGAAAUAACUACUGACUUCGAAUAUGAGCUGCCAGAAGACAAUGGUUUAACAAAAGAUAAUGAUCAGAAACAAAAUCUACAACUCAUUUCUGAACUAACAGCCGUUCUGGAUCAACGCGGAGUACUUUAUUCUUCUUUUGAACGCGAAGACAUUGAGUUUUCAGUUAACUCAACAGGUUUCGUUACUUCGAGUGAACUAUCAAGUGCCAAAGCUGAGCAUUUAAAGUUUGCAAACACGAAUUUCUCGAACUCCCCAGAUGCACUUCUUUACAGAAAACUAGUUAAUUCAUUCCAUCAAUCUGUGAAAAUGGAUUAUGUAUCACCAAGUUUCAAACCGAAUAGCAUUGUUUUUGAUAGUGAAUCUGAAUUUAUUGAACAUGUUGAAGAUAAAAAGGAUAGUGUAUGGCUUUUAGCCGUAGCUUCUCCCAAGUUUCUUUCUUCACCUACCGCAAACGACCACACCAGCACAAGUUCACCCAGAAUCAAACCUUCAUCAGUUAUUACUGAAGAAAUUUGGUCUGUUUUAAGUUACCGUUAUCAGUCCUUCGGAUUUAAGACAGGUUUACUGAACUGUAAAAAACUACACAGCCUCUGUAUCGAUCGUGGCUUCAUUAAUCCAGACCUUAUUCUGGCUUUACCUAAAGGUGGUGAACGUAUGAAAGAUAUAGUACAAUUUCGACCUUUGCCUAAAGAUCCAAAGUCAACAUCUCUUAUAGAUCAUGAAUCAACUGACUACAUUUUAGAAGGUAUUCAUGCAUGGAUUGUAUCGGUGUUAGCAGAACGUGUAAAACCACUGGAAGAUAUAAACAGUAUUUACUCAGCAAAUUCAAUAAUAUCAACUGAUCGAUUGAUGAAAAUGGACUAUUUAAAACAAUUAUGGUCAUUUUGGUUAUUGAAACGACCUCAACCAAUCCAUGUUCUUUGGUUUCCGGAAUUCUCUGUCAAGUCAAAAUUAAGUCGUUCAUAUCAACAAACACCGUUAGUUUUAAGUGCACUUUCUGUAACCUAUACAGGUCGAGUACGUUUUUGGAUUGUCUUAAAUGAAACAAUCAAACAGAAUCAUUCAAUAAUUAAUCAUAACACUGAUAAUUGGUCAAAUACAAAUUCACCCAUUAAUACAUUAUUUGAUUUGGUAGUCAAUUUAAAUUGUACCAUUAAUUCACAUUUUCUUAUAUUAACACCUGAAGGUAAAUGUUAUGCAUUUGGUUCAAAUAAAAGGGAAUAUUUAAGCUAUGAUAAUCUUGAAAUACUAUUACAUUCUUUAUAUCCUUCAACAGAUGAUUUUCUUCGAAUUGUGGUAUUUUUAACAACAAUUUUAAUCUUGAUUAAUAGUGCUGUGGAAGCGGGUAAAAUUUUACUCAUUCUUAUACAUUCAUUAAAUGUAAAUCGUGAUUUUAUGAAAAAACAUCAUGCUACUACUAAUACUACUACUACUGGUACACGUCGGUCAGCAUUAGCUAGAACUGUAAUUAAACUAGCACGUCAAGGAUGGACAUCUCAUAUUCCUAAUUUCAAUAUGAAUCAACCCUAUGAAAUUAUUAAUAAUCAUAAUCAUAACAGACCAACUGAUCAUCAUUAUCGUUCAACUAAUGAAAAUCAAUUCAUUGACAAUGACACAUGGAAUCGUUUAUCAUCCCAAUCAUCAUUAUUAUCAACAUCAUCAACUAAUUUACAAUCGUUUAUAUUAUCACAUAUUUUAGAAUGGAUAAAAUUAUUUUUUCUAGAUUUAUUUUCAGCUUAUUUACUUCUUUUGUUAGCUAUUUUACCAUUAUUAAAUUUAUUAAGUUUAUCUUAUUCUUUGCCUAUUGUUAAUUUAACUCUUUAUUUAUUAAGGUCAUUUGUUUUAUCCUCACCUAUAAUUAGUUUACGUCUUAAUUUUGUAUCGGGUCAUUUAACUUGGUAUCAUUUAAUUUCGGUUAUGUUAACUUUUUGGCUAUUUAUUGUAUUUUUAACAAGUUGUAUAUUGUCAAAAUAUGAACGAUCUAAUCAUGAUCAAUUUAGUAACAAUUCACAUUCUCGUCGUCUUCAUCGACUUGAUCCGAUUUUAGUUCGAGAACGUUUAAAUCAAAUACCACCAGAUCAAUUAUGGGAUGAAUUAUCUCGUUUAAUUAUUCAAUCUGAUAUGGAGCUAAGAUCUGGUUCAGCAGAUUCUGCAACUUCAAGUACUAUUGAAUCGGAUAAACGUUAUCAUCAUUAUCAAACUUGUAAUAAUCAAUUGAAGGGUACAAAUGAAAGUUUAUCAUCAAGUAAUAAUACUACUAAAGCACAAAAUAUUCAUGAAGAAAAUACAGAAAUUGUAGAAGGUAAUCGUUUAUUACGUCGACUACGUAGACUAUAUAAUAUACUCAGUCAACAAACGGAUCAUUUAACAUCAACUUCAAUGAGUCCUAUUGCUUCGUUUACAUCAGCUGAAGUUUAUCAUCAAGGAAAUAGAGAAAAUGAUGAAUUGUUGAAUCAUAAAACUGCAGCACAUAUGUAUACUUGGAAUUGUUUAGGUCCACUUGGUAGUAAUAAUAAUAAUAAUAAUGGUAAUGUUGUUAGACCUCAUACCGGUGUAAAUUCUAGUCAGUAUCAUUCUCAAACAAGAAAAUCAUUUAGUACAACAAAGAAACUUACAUGUAAUGUGGAUAGUAAUUAUGAAGCUGAAGAUGAAUAUGAGGAUACUACUAGUGAUGAACGCAUUUAUCCAAAGACUUCAUCUUUUACCAGACGAAGGCACAAAACUCAUCGUCGUCCAAAUAUAGUUAAUAAUCAUUUUUCACAUUUAAUCACUACAUCAUCAAAUUCAAGUUCUACAUCAGAUGUGGACACUAUUGAUCGUGAGACAUACUUGAACAAUGGUUUUUUGCAUUCUCGUAAUCUUUGUAGACGAAGUAAUUUACUUUCAAGUAAUUCUGUUUUAUCUACUUCUUCCUCUUCAUCAUAUAUGUCGUCUAAUGAUAUGAAUUGUGUGAAUCCUUCGAAUGAUUGGCCAUCAUGGGUUGUACCAUGUAAAGAAUGUGUUGUAUGUUGGCAGAAAUUUCGUUCAGGUGUACGACUAAGUGCACUUCCAUGUGGACAUGGUUUCCAUGAACAUUGUAUUCGAAAGUGGCUAGAUACUGGUGCAUUUGAAUGUCCUGUUUGUCGAUGGCCAGCAUAUGCACCGCAUUUACGUCAACAAUGUCAAAUGAUUGAACAGUUAAUUAGUGCCGUUCAAAAUACUAUCGAUUUCGCUAAAAGUUCUAAUAACAAAAACUGUAAUAGUAAUAAACAUUAUUCAUAUGUACACGGAUAAUUGUAGAUAAUUAAUUAUUCAGUUAACUUUUGUAGUAGAAAAAAAGUUUUUUUCUUCAACCAGUUUAUAUUCCAG